AUGGAGAAGCCUGCUGCGGACGUGCUGCGGAUUUUCCUGAACGACGAGUCGUACCGCUCUGUUCGCGUUCUGCCGACCUCCACUGCGGCCGAGGUCGUCGCGUCCAUCCUCGCCAAGCACGACCCCGCCGCCUCGCCGUCCUCGUACUCGCUCUACGCCAUCCGAAAGCAAUCCGGCCCACGCUUUGUCGAGGCCAGCGAGAUUGUCCAGGCUGUUAUUAGCGCAGGGGGCAACCAGAAUGACAAGGUCACCAAGAUUUACAUCAAGCUAGCACAGGAAAAGUCUGGUGCUGUGCAACGGCCCAGGCCUUCCUCCGAGCUCGUGCGUGCCGCCAGCGACUCGAUGGCCAACCCUGGAGGCUCGCAGACCAACCUGGAUCAGAUUGGUCGCAGUUCCAGCGUUGACGACAGUCGCAGUUCCAGCUCAUCUUCCACAUCUCUUGCUGCCACCUCGGCAACCAGCAUGACGCUGCCGCCUGCUGCUCCCGCCUCCGCGCCUGUUCGGCGCCCGGAUGAAUAUUUCGUCAACCCCAUGUGGGUUCAAACACAGUCAGUUUCGCGAUCCGCAGGAGCAGCGUUGGAAGUGUCGGAG